UCGCUCCCUCAGAUCCAACUAUCGCCAGGUGGCUAACGUACAUCUGGAUGUUUGACUUCGAGUUGGAGCGAAUUCCGGGCAACAGGAAUAGAGCAGAUGGGCUGAGUCGAGUCGACUGGGGCAAGAACAGCCAGAGAGUAAUCGAAGAUGCUCCACCUGUUGACGGGUUCCUGGACAGUGAGAAGGAUGUGAGACUUCACAUCAACUCCUGGUCAUUGGUCGUGGGUAACUAUGUUACUCAUGGACGACCUGCGUGGCUUACGCCACCAAGACAUGUGCGACGACCUGAUCUAGUCCUCAAGCCCUAUAUUGAAGAAGACUCUUGGAGAAUAUCAGGGGUGGAUUGGAUGAUGGAUCUGACCUUGGCAAACAAGUACCAACUACAUGAGGACUUGCUUACGAUUGAGGAUGGAGCGCUGCAGGUAGGCAAGCAGGAGAAGACGAUAGGUGGGAUGUAUCUGUUGGCGAAUGCAAUGCUUCAGGAAGAGGCGGUCAGGAAUACGGGGCAAAAACAAGAAGAGGGUGAUAAUGUGGUCCACAAAAGAGAAAAUGACGAUUUUGAAGAAGGAGAGAUUAAGGAAGCAUUUCGAGCAGAGGAAUAUGAAGGAGUAUACCUUGAACUCGGAAUGCUUCUUUCAUGUGAAAUGAGGGAAUGAGACGCUUGCGCAAGAGUUCUAAAGAUGGGGUCAAGCUUUCUAGUAAGGGAUGACCACUUGUUCAUGAGAAGUAAAGGGAAGGCUCCCAGAAGAGUAGUCUGCGGCGUCGCUCGCCAGAUUGCCGUUAUGGUAGCACUGCACGCUAGUACGGCGGGUGGCCACAAAACUACAGAUACGACAUAUCUCAAGAUACACGAGCUGUGUUAUUGAUAUGACAUGGGGCAGAUGAUCGACGAUUAUUUUAAGUCUUGUGUACCAUGCCAGGAGCGAUCCUCUAUUAGACCUAGGGAGCCGCUUCACCCAAGAUAUGUUCAUGAAGUUGGCGCGGUCGUGCACCUGCAUCUGUUGGCAAUGUCGCUGGGAAUAGGAAGUUAUAACUUUAUCUUUGAUGCAAGGGACAACCUCUCUAGGUUUGUGGAUGGCAGGGUCAUUCGCACGAAGACUGGUGAGACACUGGCCCAAUACAUUGAAGAGUAUUACCUACGUUACCCCUUUGUCUCCAGGUUUGUGAUGGAUAGAGGGUCCGAGUUCACCUGUGCGGAAGUAAAGACUCUUUUGAAGA